AUGCGGAUCUUCAAGCUUGAUGAUCGCGCGGAAAUCAAGAAUUUUUAUUUUUUUGAUGGAACGGCAAUUUUGGUUAUGGGCGAGAACUUGAAAGCAGUUUCGAUGUCUUUCGAUGGAAAAACAAGAAAUAACGCGGCAAUUGUGGCUCCGUGCAAUGACUAUAUUGAAGGGGCUCCUCAUGCUCUUGUCAAAAAUGUGCUCUUCAUUUUUGGAGGAUGGUGGGAUAAACAAAAAUACUCAAUUUCCCUCAUCACCAAAGUCAUGGACCUUACCACCCUCCACGAUGCAGACGUGUACGCUUCUUUCGAAAAUGAAAUGCUCAAGCAGAAGAUCAGUAUUCUCUUCAACAACGCGGGAAUGUCUGAAGAAAAGAAAGCCUUCUGGAACUACGCUGGAUCGACUCCUUCCAAAGUUACCAAGAUUAUGUAUUUGAACGCGGAGGUUCCUGUCUUGAUGACCCGCAUGGUUUUGCCAGGGAUGCUUGAGAGAAAGAAGGGCGUCUUGAUGCACAUGGGUUCUUCUGCUGGGCUGACUGCUUUGGAUGCUAAUCCUAUUUAUGCUGGAACCAAGUCUCAUGUGAUCAACUUCUCGAGAUCGAUUGAGCAACUCUUUUAUAACCCGGCUUUUAUCAGGACAAGUUUGACAACCUUUCUCACUAAAGGGAUCAAGAAGAAGGGAUACGAAAACACGAUGGAAAAGCUGAAAGAUAUCGUCUUCCCGAAAGUUGAGACCUGGUUUGCUUCCGCGAUCAAAACAGUUGGAACUGGAAAAAAUGAAUCUGGUGGAUCGUGGUUUUUCGAACAGUUUGUGAAUUACAUGGUCAUGCACUUUGAUAGCAGAGGCUUGAAGAUGCUCACUGAUUUGUCCGAAUAG